UACAUUUUCACUCAGUGGUGCGGCAUGCCGCCGCACUAUCACUCUACUAUUGCAAUUGUCCACGCAACGAUGUCCGCUGUGCACACGGCGCGUGCCUUGCUAAUGAUUGCAGGCUCAUUGUGGCAGCGAUCGUUAUGCUUUACCCCGUGUUGUAUCAAAAUAACUUCAACAAAGGUCUAUCGAUGCGAGGCGACUUCUAGCAUCCGGAUUUUUGCUUCACAAAACGACGAAACCGGCUCUUCUGCAGUCAUGUGGCCUUUAGCAGAACUGUGUGUGAAAGAGGUGUUCGCCAAGUGCUCAUGCGAGACCCUCUUUUGUUCAAAUAUAACAUGA